AUAAGUGGGAGAAAUUGAGAGAUGGAAAAAACAAGCCUAGUUUCAUUGAUUUGCUUUAUAGUUGUUAUGGCCAUGCCAAUGGCUCAAAGUGUUGAAUUAGGACCAAAGGCUGUUGAAAAAUGGUUCCAUAAGCUUCCUCAUGCAAAGCAAAAGGUAUCUAAGUUUCAUUUCUAUUUUCACGACAUAGUUACCGGAAAAAAUCCAACUGCAAUUACUAUAGCCCAGUCCAAUAUGACUGCCAAAUCCCCAACUUUCUUCGGUUCUGUUGCAAUGAUAGACGAUCCACUGACAGUUGGACCAGAGCUCAACUCGACAAUAGUGGGUCGAGCCCAAGGGAUUUAUGGUUCAGCUGAUCAAAAUGAGGCUGCCCUUCUCAUGACCCUCAACUUUGUGUUCACAACUGGUAAAUAUAACGGUAGUACAUUGAGUGUACUUGGUCGGAACCCAGUAUUUAACCAGUACCGUGAGAUGCCGAUCAUUGGUGGUUCUGGAGUAUUUCGGUUGGCUCAGGGAAUCGCCACCGCGAAGACUUAUUGGUUCAAUACUACCAGUGGGGAUGCUGUUGUUGAGUAUAAUGUUAUGGUACUGCAUUACUCACAUUAAUUAAUUUAAUUUGAAGCUUUGUGUGUUGGUGUUCAUUUGUAAUCUAUAGUUUCUCUUUUUUGUGUUAAGGAUAUAAAGAUGUGUUUUGAUCAAUGAAAUAAGACCUUUGACGAUG